AUGGUGGGACAUCUGAGUGACUUUGGUGUUGCAAAGCUCUUAGGAGACGAGAACUCCACAGCCUUUACAAAUUCCCUUGCUACAAUUGGUUACAUUGCCCCAGAGUAUGGACGGGAAGGUCUUGUGUCGACCCGUAGUGAUAUGUACAGUUAUGGUAUCAUGUUGCUUGAAGUUUUUACAAGGAAACAACCUGGAGAUGAAAUGUUCAAUGAAGAUUUGAGUUUGAGGAGUUGGGUGCACAAUGCAGUUCCUAGCAAAUUCACUGUUCUCAUAUUGCUAAUUGCCUCUGUUUCUGUGUUAAGCAUCUUCAAGAGGCACAACAGAGAGGUUCCAGGAGAACUAAACUUUCUGUCAACAACAACACCUGCAAGAUUUUCGUACUAUGAACUCCAACGUGCAAAAAAUGGAUUCGAUGAAUCCAACGCACUAGGUAGUGGAAGCUUCGGAUCAGUUUUUAAAGGGAUUUUAACAAAUGGGAUACACGUUGCUGUCAAGGUUUUUCGUUUAAUACAUGACGGUGGAAAUAGGAGUUUCGACCGUGAGUGUGAAGUUCUCCGCAAUAUUCGUCACAGAAAUCUCACCAAGGUCCUUGGCAAUUGCUCCAACUUGGAUUUCAAAGCAUUGGUGCUAGACUAUAUGCCUAAUGGGAGUCUGUACAAGUGGUUAUAUUCUCACAAUUAUUUCUUGGGUAUGAUACAAAGAGUGAGUAUAAUAAUUGAUGUGGCAUCAGCCUUGGAAUAUCUUCACAAUGGUUACUCCAAGCCUGUUUUCCAUUGCGACUUGAAACCCAACAAUGUCUUAAUAGAUGCUGAUAUGGUAGGUCAUCUGAGUGACUUCGGUGUUGCAAAGCUCUUAGAAGAUGGGAAUUCUAUUGACAUUACAAACACCCUAGCAACACUUGGUUAUAUUGCUCCAGAGUAUGGACAAGAAGGUCUUGUGUCCACGCGUAGUGAUAUGUACAGUUAUGGUAUCAUGUUGCUUGAAGUUUUCACAAGGAUUCAGCCUGCAGAUGAAAUGUUCAAUGAAGAUUUAAGUCUAAGAAGUUGGGUGCACAAUGCAUUUCCUACAAAUAUAGGCCAGAUUAUAGACCCAAACUUACUUAGACCAGAUGAAGAAAGGUACGAUGAAAAAUUGCAAUGUGCGUUGGCAAUUUUUGAGGUAGGCUUGAAAUGCUCAGCAGAAUCCCCUCGAGAGAGGAUGACCAUCAAGGAUGCGUUACCAGCACUGGAAAAGAUCAAAGUUAAAUUUGUUUUGCUUUAUGCGAGAACUUGA